AUGGCGUUGUUAAGAAGUCCAGAACCAAACAGAAAAAGAACAAGAACUGGUGUUGCUACUACUGAUUUUUAUUUACCUGAUGAAAUUUGGGAAUCUAUCUUCAAUUUUCUCAAAGACGACAAUCGCUGUUUAGAAUCUCUCUCCCUCGUCUCCAAAAAUUUCCUCUCUAUGACCAACCCUCUCAAAUCCUCUCUCACUAUCUGUUAUCCAACCCGUCCUUCUCUCCAUCGUCUCUUCCAUAGAUUCAACAACCUCACCUCCCUCGAUCUCUCCUCCUUCAUCGGUAACCCUAACAAACUUCUCUGCCAAAUCUCUAACUUCCCAUUCAAGACACUCACAUCACUCAAUCUCUCCAACCUAUCCAAAAUUCCCGCUAAGGGAUUACAAGCUUUCUCCAAAAAUAUUACAACUUUAACCUCUCUUAUUUGUUCCAACAUUGGUUUUAUCGAUUGUCUUGAUCUCUUCUUUAUAGCACAUUGUUUUCCUUUACUCGAACAACUCGAUUUCAGUGAUCCCAUACUUUGCGGCCCCAAUUGCUUCUACGAUACAGAUCACCUACAACCUCUUUCAUCGGCCUUUUCAAAACUCCGCAAACUUAACAUCUCUCAUCAUCACUACAUCGACGACAAAAUUAUUUUCCACUUGUUCAAAAACUGUAAGCUUCUCGAGGAAGCAACCAUGUUUAACUGUUCUAACAUAACUGAUGCUGGUAUUGCUUCUGCUCUCCUCCAGAGACCAACAUUGAAAUCUCUGUCCUUUACAAAUAUUGCUCAUAUGGGAAAACGAUAUGCAACUUUUGUUACUUCACAUUUCAUUGAUUCGUUGGUGACUUUGAAGAGCUUGACUUGUCUUGAACUUUCGUGUGUUCGAAUCUCGGAUCAGUUGCUGUCGUCUAUUGCGAUGGAAGGUCUUCCUUUGAGGAGACUUGCCCUCCAAUAUUGCCCCGGCUAUAGUUAUGAUGGAAUCUAUCGUUUGAUAUCUAAGUGUCAACAUAUCCAACAUUUGGCUAUUCGACAUAUUGAGGGACGGAAUGAUUACUUUUUGAAUGAUGAACGUGUUCUCCAGUUGUCUUUGUUUCUUGGUGAUUUGGUAUCGGUCAACUUCACUCAAUUUUGGAAGCUCACAGAAUUAUCCUUGUUUGCACUCGUUAGGAACUGUCCUUCACUUAUUGAGAUCACAAUGCAAGAGACCUGUAUUGGAAAGAAUUCUAAUUCUUUGAUGAUAGACUGUGUUGUAAGCCAUCGAUUAAAGUCUCUCCAUUUGGCUCUCAAUCCAUGGUUAAGAGAUGAAAGCAUUACAAUGCUUGCUUCCCUUUUCCCCAAUUUGCAGCUGCUUGAUUUGAGCCACUGCGAUGGCAUAUCUGAACAAGGUAUUGGUCAAGUUUUAAGGAGAUUUUCGAAGAUUAGGCAAUUGAAAUUAGCCUACUGUUCAGGAGUGGACCAACUUGUUGGUAUGAACUUUGAAGUUCCCCAACUUGAGGUGUUGAACUUGUCACAUGCAAGUGUUAAUGAUGAAACACUUUAUGACAUCUCAAAGUGUUGUAGUGGGUUGUUGCAACUAUUAGUGGAAAAUUGCCGCGAGGUCACAGAGAAGGGAGUGAAGCAUGUGGUAGAAAAUUGCACCAAACUGAGAGAGAUCAAUUUGAAGGGUUGUAAUAAAGUGCAUGCUAAUGCUGAUGAUGUUGCGUCAAUUGUAAUAUCAAGGCCAUCACUGCGAAAGAUAACAACUCCGUCUGGUUUUCGUAUCCCUGACAAAACUAUUCAUGGAUCGUAUGAAAUUCUGCAGAAUCGAAAUAUUGGAGAUGCCUUGCAUAGGAAGCAAGCAGUUAGACAGCUUGUAGAUUGGGUUUCAAGAUAUAACAUAGCUCAAGAACUCGCUUAUCUUCACCAUGAUUGUUAUCCUCUAAUUGAUGUUUAUAGUUAUGGAGUAGUUUUAUUGGAGCUUCUCACAGGAAAGAGGCCUUUAGAUCAUGAAUUUGGAGUCGAUCUACUACAUUCGGUGAGCUACUUGUCAUUGCAUUCCAUUAGAUUAGAUGGAUUUUGGGUCGCAAGAGGUGGUCAGGUUGAGUGUGGACAGAUUGGAGAGAGGGCGGGUCACACAGGAGCAGGGAACGGGCUGAAUAACUCAAGUGGUUAUCCAUCCAUUGAAAAUAUGAUAGUGGAUGAAUUGGAUUUUUUUUUAAUAACUUUCAGUGAAUUGUGA